UGGCCGGCCACGGGAGCGCGCGCGGCGGAGGAGGGCUCCGGGAGGCCGCGGAACAGCGACCGCCGCCAUAUUAAGGAGCGCGGAGCCCGGGGUCCCGACAGCGGCGGCCGCGGCCGGACCAGUGGAGCUGCGGGCGGCAGAGGCCGGCGCGGCGCUGCGCCGGGAGAGACGGGGUCGGCGGAGCCAACGGGGGACCGGAGCGAGCCAGGCUGACCCGGGCCGGCUGACCUUGGCCGGCGGGCUGUGCCUGCCCUGCGUCGCCAUGGACCAGGACUAUGAGCGGCGCCUCCUCCGGCAGAUCGUCGUUCAGAACGAGAACACGAUGCCCUGCGUCGCAGAGAUGCGGCGAACCCUGACGCCCGCCAACUCUCCCGUGUCCUCCCCCAGCAAGCACGGAGACCGCUUCAUCCCCUCGAGAGCCGGUGCCAACUGGAGCGUCAAUUUCCACAGGAUCAAUGAGAAUGAGAAGUCUCCCAGCCAAAAUCGGAAAGCCAAGGACGCCACCUCGGACAACGGCAAAGAUGGCCUGGCCUACUCCGCCUUGCUGAAGAACGAGUUGCUGGGAGCCGGCAUCGAGAAGGUGCAGGACCCGCAGACGGAGGACCGAAGGCUGCAGCCCUCCACGCCUGAGAAGAAGGGCCUGUUCACGUAUUCCCUCAGCACCAAGCGCUCCAGCCCCGACGAUGGCAACGAUGUGUCUCCCUACUCCUUGUCCCCCGUUAGCAACAAGAGUCAGAAGCUACUGCGGUCGCCACGGAAACCCACCCGCAAGAUCUCCAAGAUCCCCUUCAAGGUCCUGGACGCGCCAGAGCUGCAGGACGACUUCUACCUGAACCUGGUGGACUGGUCGUCCCUCAAUGUGCUCAGCGUGGGGCUGGGGACCUGCGUGUACCUGUGGAGCGCCUGCACCAGCCAGGUGACCCGGCUCUGUGACCUCUCGGUGGAAGGGGACUCGGUGACCUCCGUGGGCUGGUCUGAACGGGGGAACCUGGUGGCCGUUGGCACGCACAAGGGCUUUGUGCAGAUCUGGGACGCAGCUGCAGGAAAGAAGCUGUCCAUGCUGGAAGGCCACACGGCACGCGUUGGGGCGCUGGCCUGGAACGCUGACCAGCUCUCGUCCGGGAGCCGGGACCGCAUGAUCCUGCAGAGGGACAUCCGGACCCCGCCCCUGCAGUCAGAGCGGCGGCUGCAGGGCCACCGGCAGGAGGUGUGUGGGCUCAAGUGGUCCACGGACCACCAGCUCCUCGCCUCGGGGGGCAACGACAACAAGCUGCUGGUCUGGAACCACUCGAGCCUGAGCCCCGUGCAGCAGUACACGGAGCACCUGGCGGCCGUGAAGGCCAUCGCCUGGUCCCCGCACCAGCACGGGCUGCUGGCGUCUGGCGGUGGCACGGCCGAUCGCUGCAUCCGCUUCUGGAACACGCUCACGGGGCAGCCGCUGCAGUGCAUCGACACGGGCUCCCAGGUGUGCAACCUCGCCUGGUCCAAGCACGCCAACGAGCUGGUGAGCACGCACGGCUACUCGCAGAACCAGAUCCUGGUGUGGAAGUACCCGUCCCUGACCCAGGUGGCAAAGCUGACCGGGCACUCGUACAGGGUCCUGUACCUGGCCAUGUCCCCUGAUGGAGAGGCCAUAGUCACUGGUGCCGGGGAUGAAACCCUGAGGUUCUGGAACGUCUUUAGCAAAACCCGUUCGACAAAGGUAAAGUGGGAGUCCGUGUCAGUGCUCAACCUCUUCACCAGGAUCCGGUAAACCCUCGGGCCUCUCUGUCCGGGUCGGAAGAGCAUCGUCUCUCCUCGGCGUUCACGGACCCUCCCCUCUCCGGCACGCGGUCCCCGGAGGAAGCAGCCGGGGUGGGGCGGGGAGUCGGGCCUGGAGAGACCCCGAAGAUUCUCAUUAAAGCCUGAUUGCGAA